CCCUAUUGCUCCCUUCAUCUUCACCUGAAGGUCUCUGAGAAUCCCUAUACCUCAGGAAACAUCGCCAGCCGAGACACUGCCCCCAGUAUUAUUGUAGCUUCAGGUAAUGUAGGCACUGAACUGUCAGACAAUGAUAUCAGCAUGUUUGUUUCUUCUGAUGCUGGGAACACUUGGAGACAGAUCUUUGAGGAAGAGCACAGUGUUCUCUACCUGGAUCAAGGUGGAGUACUGGUUGCCAUGAAACACACAUCUCUGCCUAUCAGACAUCUCUGGUUAAGUUUUGAUGAAGGGAGAUCUUGGAGCAAGUACAGUUUCACAUCCCUCCCACUGUUUGUAGAUGGAGUAUUAGGGGAACCUGGAGAGGAAACUCUCAUCAUGACCGUGUUUGGACAUUUCAGCCACCGCUCAGAGUGGCAGCUGGUGAAAGUAGACUACAAGUCAAUUUUUGAUCGGAGAUGUGCAGAAGAGGACUACAGGCCUUGGCAACUCCACAGCCAGGGAGAAGCUUGCAUCAUGGGAGCAAAACGGAUCUACAGGAAGCGCAAGUCAGAGAAGAAAUGCAUGCAAGGAAAAUAUGCUGGGGCGAUGACCUCGGAGCCAUGCGUGUGCACAGAGGCAGACUUUGACUGUGAUUAUGGAUAUGAGCGUCACAGCAAUGGGCAGUGUUUACCAGCUUUUUGGUAUAAUCCAUCUUCAUUGUCAAAAGACUGUAGCCUUGGACAGAGUUACCUCAACAGCACUGGAUACCGGAAAGUUGUUUCUAAUAACUGCACGGAUGGUGUGAGAGAACGGUACACAGCAAAACCACAGCAAUGUCCUGGCAAAGCUCCCCAGGGCCUUCGCAUAAUCACAUCUGAUGGCAAACUGACAGCCGAGCAAGGACACAAUGUCACCUUCCUGGUGCAACUGGAAGAGGGAGACCUCCAGAGAUCCCUCAUUCAGGUGGAUUUUGGAGAUGGCAUCGCUGUGUCAUAUGCCAAUCUCAGCUCCACAGAAGAUGGGAUCAAGCACACAUACCAGAAUGUGGGCAUAUUCCGAGUGACUGUGCUGGUGGAAAACAGUCUGGGAUCUGACAACGCUGUCCUCUACCUGCAUGUAACGUGCCCCUUGGAACAUGUUCACUUAUCUUUACCAUUUGUUACCACAAAGAACAAGGAGGUCAACGCCACGGCAGUACUGUGGCCAAGCCAAGUGGGAACACUUACUUACGUCUGGUGGUUUGGGAACAACACAGAGCCACUAAUCACAUUGGAAGGGAGCAUCACAUUCACAUUUUCUGUGGAAGGGAUGAACACUAUCACCGUUCAGGUCUCAGCAGGAAACACCAUUCUUCAGGACACAAAGACUAUUGCUGUGUAUGAGCAAUUCCAGUCCCUGCGGUUAUCAUUCUCUCCGAACCUGGAUGACUACAAUCCAGAUAUCCCAGAGUGGAGAAGGGACAUCAGUAGAGUAGUCAAGAGAGCUCUGGUGGAGGCAACAGGUAUUUCAAGCAAGCAUAUUCUGGUCGCAGUGCUCCCUGGUCUGCCCACAUCUGCCGAACUCUUCAUUUUACCAUAUCAAGAUGCCACAGGAGAAAAUAAAAGAGCAGCAGCAAACCUAGAGCAGAUUUCAGAAACACUGAUCCAGAAACUGAACCAAAACCUGAUUCAUUUUGAGUUAAAGCCAGGGGUUCGAAUCCUUGUCCAUGCUGCCCAUUUAACAGCAGCACCCCUGGUGGACCUCACUCCCAGUCACAGUGGUUCAGCUAUGCUGAUGCUCCUCUCUGUCGUUUUUGUGGGACUAGCUGUCUUUGUAAUCUACAAGUUCAAAAGGAAGAUUCCUGGCCUUAAUAUAUAUGCACAGAUGCAGAAUGAAAAAGAUCAAGAGAUGGUCAGUCCAGUCAGUCAGAGGGAAAGCAUACCUAAUGUCCCUCAAAGUGAGCUGAUGAGCCCUGAGCAACUAGUAGAUGAGAAGUUGGAAGUCCAGCCCAUAGAGCAACCCCAGGCCACAGUCCAGAACCCAAGGAAAGGAAAUGCAACCAAGGUAGUCUGGACAGAGGACUUCCAAAAGGCUUGUGGAUCACCAAGAGGUUUCAAGCCAAGACCCGGAGCGGAAGUAUUUCCACAGCUGCUGAGCCCCAGAGCGCAAAAGAAAUCCCUACCUAUGUAAAUGGUUGAAUCGAGGACACCAGUAUAUAUCUGUAUCUAAAAAAAAAAAGAGGAGAGCUCACUGCAUUUGAACUUUUUAAUUCUUCAGAUGACAAAGGGUUUUUAGCUUUAAGCCUGUGCAUGUGGACAUUAUACUGAGACCAUACUGGAACUGCAUUGUACAGGUGUUCAAUUUUAGUGGGGGGUGGGGGAAGAGGAACUGGAACCACUAUUCACUCCUGCGGCCCUUACCCUCACCCCUCCACUCUCUUUUUUCUGAUCUGUCUCUAAUUUGUAGAAAAUUCAUAAUGAUAUAGGCC